AACACCUCUCCAGAAAUGACGGGUGACAGCUGAUUAGGUUUGAGUAUUUUAGACAGUUUUCAGCUGUAUUUUCUCUCCGUGUUGUUGUUUCAUCGGACCAUGGCUGCAGCUGGUUAUCUCCGGUUAAUCCUGCCUCUCCUCCCGCUGCUGUGCCCGGGGUUGCAGCCGCCGGUGGAGGCGGCGGAGCAGGUCGCUCUGGUGGAGGUGUUCGUGGAGCAGCGGCCCGGUGUCAGCGCUCUGCUGCAGGGGGAAGUGGUGGAGUCCAGCCCGGGCAGCUGGAGCUCCGAGCACCGGGACGAGGAGGGAGAGGAGCUGCAGGGAGAGCUGGUGCUGGUUCGGGAUGACAAGCUGCAGGUGAGCGGAGGAAAAGUGGAGGACGACACCAAAGAGCAGGAGCCGUGGAUCGGAGUGGUGCCGGUGGAGAUGGACGACAGCAAAGCUUCUACUGGAAACCAGGAGUCCUUCACUGAUGCUAUGGUCAAUAAAAUGAAGCGAGCGUUGGUCCUCGGAGCGUCGGCGCUGAUCAUCCUGGCUCUCAACCAAAACUCAGUCAGUGAGAUGGAUCUGUCUCAGGUGCUGUCGAAGCCCAUCAUCGUGAUCCAGACAUCUGAAAACGUCACCAAGCUGAUCGGAGCUCUGCUCAGGGGUCUUCAGGCGACAGCGAAAAUCACAUAUAAGACCAUCCUGCAGGACAAUCUGGGGGCCACGCUCACGCUGUGGUCCAGCUGCGGCCGGUCGAGAGGAGGACGUUACGGAGAGUGGCAGGGGGUCAUCUGCACGGGAGAGACCAACUCUCAGGUCCAGAAGUACCUCCAGCAGCUGUGGGACACGGUCCUCCUCGUGGCUCUGAUCCUCAGCACCGGAGUCAUCGUCCAGGCCCGCUGGCAGUACCAGGACCACCAGCUGAACGACGACUUAGAGUUGCUUCCUAAACAGGACGUUCUGAAGACGAUGUCGUCUCUGAAGACCAAAACCUACCGGCAGCCCAAACCGUGGUGCGAUCCGUCCCAGCCGGUAGAGACCGACAACUGCGCCGUCUGUCUGGAGCCGUUCAACAACAACCAGUGUCUGCGGGUGCUGCCGUGCCUCCAUGAAUACCACAGAGACUGUGUGGAUCCCUGGCUGCUGCUGCAGCACACAUGUCCGCUCUGCAAACGCAGCAUCCUCAGCAGCGUCUGUAAGGACAGUUAACGGCCGCCUCACCUCUGGGACUCACCUCUCGUCUUCUGUGACACUCCAGUAGCCCUUUUAUUCUUUCUCUCUGACCUCGUCGCUUCCUCACUCCAGCGAUGGAUUGUGGGAGCAAAAAUUUAAAAAAAAAAAAACUUCUCACAGCAGCUGACUGACCGAGGCGACGACUUGGGACUUUUUUUUAUUAAAGAGCCAGUCCAGGGAUGAUCGUGACCUUUGACCUCUUCGUGGGGUUGUUGGACACAG